CAGGGUGGCCGCAGACCGCGAGCAACGCAUCGGCAUCAGUGCAGUAACCACUGGGCUACACACGGGCUGGUCUCGGCUCAGCUGAAGCUUCACCGCGCGCCGCUGAGCUUGCUACGAUUGAGAUCGACGCACAGGUGCCGCCACGCCAUGGGCAACGCCGCGCCGCGCAUGCGCCACAUCGAGGCCACGGCGGCCGCGACGAUGGGCGGGAGGAGAGGAGCGAUGUGCUGCAAGAAAGCGGAGGCCACGAACGCGCCAGCAGCGUCGUCCGCUGUAGCGCGCAAGCGGCCGGACGAGAAGUCGGCGGGGCGGGGCGGCGCCGGCGCGGAGCACUCGGCGGCAGCCGCUACGGGCGUGACGGUGAAGGUGGUGCUGAGGAGGAAGGACGCGGAGAGGCUGAUCGCGAGGCUGAACGAGCAGAACGCGAUGGGGCGGAAGGCCAGGAUGGCGGAGAUCAAGAACGAACUCAAGGCGGGGGUCGGCGGCGCUGCCGCGAGCCCCGCUCGGCGCCGGGACGCACGGACACGUAGGCUGGCGCCGAUUCAGGAGAACUAGCUAAAGCAGCAGUAUGUCCACUAGUUAGCAAACAACCUAAAAGAUUCGAUUUUGCUAGGUCACCCAGCGGACGCGUAGGAGUGGUAUGUGUGUAGCGCCGUAGAGGAAAGAGGAGGCAGCAUACGCAGUAUUUGUUGCAACCGGUGUAGUAUCCGUGAAUCGUUAAUUGCCAAAUCGUUUGCACUGUUGCUUGAAAAUUUUCUGGUUACACUGAAAAAUGAAAAUACGAUCAUCGCCGUUCCCCAGUUCUCCUUCGUGGCAUAGAAAAAAAAGGAGCAGGGUACUGCCCCUACAAACCGGGAAAAAAUAACGGAGAAAAU